CGCUCGCCGUGGGUCACUUUUCUAUCUCAGGGGGGCAUCAUGAAGGAGUUAUGCUGAGGGCACCAACAUGGUUAGCAGCGGUACUGGACAUGGACUUUAAAAGCAGUGUAUAUGGUUUGGCACGGGCAUAUUUUGAGUUCUGAUAUUGGGCUGGUUUUAUUGGCCAUUGGGCUGGUUUUGUCACACAGACCUGGCAACCCUGCUCCUGUCACAGAGAAGACGGCGUUCACCCGCGGUGAGAAACUGACCGUGGAACAGACGCUACUGACGGCUAUCAGCUUUUGCCUGGCGGUGCAAGAAAUUACAACCGACCGCAUGUCAGAUGUCAGUCAAACACGAGUGAGGGGCGGACGAGCGCCGAAGACGAGCCUGCGAGACUAAAUAUCAGAGCGGGCGGCCCACAGGACGGUGACAUGUCUGACCCACGGGCGCUGCUCUCAAGUUGACGAACGUCUGGUUUAUCGGCUCGAUUACACAAACAAUGUCGUCACCAGCGGCGACCGAUGGCGGCGACCUGCGACCCGCCCCCACGUCAGACCGCGGUGUCGAGGAAGCGCGUGAGCUUCCGACGCCGGAUGGAGAAGUUCAAGAGUUCACCGUCUCGCAACGACCAGAGAAGAUCAGCGCGGUGCCGAUCCACCGGCGUCCGGACCUGCUGGCUCCCUGCGCAGACCUGGUGAACUGCGAGUGGCAGAGGAGCCGGGCCGCCCGGGUCCACUCCCUCCAGAAGUCCUGUCCGGAAUUCCCCGUCUGCCUGGUUCUCCUGCGGGGCCACGGAGAGACGGAGCGGCUGCUCGGCCACGCCCGGCUGUCCCGGGUCGUGGGUCGCGGCGGCAGCCUGUUUGUGGAGUCGGUGGUGGUGUCGGACGCGGAGCGAGGGAAGGGCUACGGCCGGACCCUGAUGGAGGAGGCCGAGCGCUACGCCGGGAGCGGAGGGUUCACGCGCCUGUGCCUGACGACCCGCGAUAAGCAGCACUUCUACUCCCACCUCGGCUACGUGCUGUCGGUGCCGGUGCAGAACGCGGGCGCCAUGGCCGCGUUCGCUCCCUGCAUGGAGAUGCUGAUGAGGUUCUCUCGAAUGCAGAGUGGAGAAGAAGAAGAAGAAGAACAAAAACAAGAAGAGGCAAACACACAGACCAGGAUUAAUGCUCAGGUACCACAAGAGGGUGCCUGUGUUGUGGGGCCACCUCCUCCUUCUGGUUUACAUCCUCCUCCUCCACCACCUCCUUCUUCCAUCCCUCCUCCACCUCCUCCUUCCAUCCCUCCUCCACCACCUCCUUCCAUCCCUCCUCCACCUCCUCCUUCCAUCCCUCCUCCACCACCUCCUCCUUCCAUCCCUCCUCCACCUCCUCCUUCCAUCCCUCCUCCACCACCUCCUCCCAUCCCUCCUGCUCCACCCCCGCCUCCUCAGUCUGCAGGGCAGGUUGUAGUACAGACUCUGACCAAAACUCCUUACAGAGACGCCAGAGGAGUCCCCAUCUAUUGGAUGCACAAAGACAUUUGAUGAAGACACGGCCGGAUGCACUUGGGAACUCCUCCCCUCUGUGUGUGUGUGUGUGUGUGUGUGUGUGUGUG